UUUUUAAAAUUAACGACACACUAAAAUUGUACAACAAAGCAGCGGGACGCGUUUAUAAUAAAAUAUAAAGGACUUUUAAUAUUUGUUUUUGUGUUUGUGUUAUAUUAAAAAUAUAUUAGAAAAAUGGAGUCUAUGGAUCAUAGGGAAUUAAAAAAGUCAACAAGGCGUUCGAAGAAAGUUAAAAAUUUAGAAGAAGAGGUAGAGUUAAUUUUCUCUCAAGAUGAAAGUGAUGAGGAUGUCAAAGAAAAUCUUGAGGAAAUAUUACCUAAAACACCUUCCCGUCGUGAUGGACGGAAAAAUACAGCAACAACUCCCAAAGCUACAUCACAAACAGUGCUUCAAGAAAAUCUCCAAACACCUCGUAGAAGUUGCCGCAAGAGUAUUAGACCCACACAGGAAUAUGAUGAUAUUGUAAAUAAAUCUUUGCGCUCCUGUACACGAUCGGCUAAAAAACAUUUGUUGGUUACUGAAGAAGAAGAAGAAGUGGAGGAAAAGAUGGAAAAUAAAGAUGAAAUAAUACAGCCAAAAUGGACCCCCGCAAAGGUGGGCAGAGUGUCCCAAAAGCGUAGCCGUAAGUCUCGUCGUAACGACAAGGGUAAAAAGACGGCUAAGGGAAUUGAGGAGCAAGAUAAGGAAGAAAUUGGCGAAUUUAAGAAUGUAAUGAAAGAAAUUAAGGAUCAAGAGGAGGAAAAUCCCAAAUGUGGAAAAGAUGAGGAGGAAGUAAAGGUUUCCGAAUUUGUUUUAGUUGAAGACAGAAAGGAAGAACAAGAAGAAGUUAAGGCAAAUGAAAAUAUUGAAGAGAAGUUAACAGCUAAAAAAACGGUGGAACAAAAUAAUGGAACAACAUGCAAAGGUGAAGAGGAAGAAAUUAAGAAUAUGGAGGUGGAAGAAUCUAAAUCUGAAAAAUAUCUUGGGGAAGUAAAAGUUUCCGAAUUUGUUUUAGUUGAGGACACAAAAGAAGAAAAUGAACAAAUACAAACAAAUAAAGAUCUUGAAGAGAAGCAAACUGAGGAAAUUGUUGAAACUCAAAUGGCACAAAUUAAUAGUGAAAUUGAUAAUGAUUUAGAAAAUCAUGAGGACUCAAUACAGUUAGUGCAAGAUGACAGUGAGGAUUGUAAAGAAUUUGAACAAAAAACUGAAGAUGAAAUCUGUAUUGUAUUUGAAAAUAAUAUAAGCAACUGCGAAAUUAAAGAGCAAAUGGAAGACAAGGAAAAAGACUCUUUUGGUUGCUAUUUGAAACAAAAGCAAAUAAACAUAUCAGAUCUGGGAUUGAAUCUUUUGAAAGAUGAGGAGGAGGAAAGAGAAAUAACAGACAUAGAUGAUCAAACAAAACCAACUGAAGAAGUUGAAGAUAUGCCUUCUCUUAUAAUGUGCGAUGAUGAAGAUGAUAUUGGUGAAUAUGGCGGAAAAUCAAAUAUUAAAUUAAACGAGACUUUUGAAGCUACUGGUGCCACAGAAGAAACGGGUAUUGAUAUAAAAAACGCAGAAAGUAAUGAAUCUGAAAAAGAAAUUGAGAAGUUUAUUGAAAGUUCUGAAAACCCCAACGAUGAAAUAAUGGAAACUUUACAAAUGUCCGAUGAUGAUGAUGGCGAAACACCUAGAAAACCCCCUCGUGUUCAAAAACAUACUCCACAACCACAAAAAACAAUUUUAUACGCACUUAAGGAUUCUGCGGUAAAAAUAAAUCCGAAAGAUAUUGUUUUACGUGGUAUACGUAAACGUUCACUUUCGGUUUGCAUAAAUGGUAAUGAGGAGAAAAGCCAGAAAUUGUUGGCAGGUCCUCUGGCUAAAGCUAAACAAGAUCGCAUGGUUAGCUUUUAUAGUCCGGCUAAUCAACAAACUAUUAUCGAAGAUUUAGACAAGAUGAUAGCUAAAAGUUUAAAGAAACAAAAGUCACAAGAAAAUAAAGGUAUCUCAAGUAAAUUUGUUACAACGAGACGCAAACGAUCCAUAUCUCUGGAUGAAUCCACUAUGUCUGCUUCAUUCAUUUCGAAAUUACCACGACCUGUUGUGAACCAAAAUUUGUCAGGUAAAACUCAAACUUCUACAUCUAAACCAUUAUCACGCACAAAAUUACCCAAUUUUGCUGCUAUACAUGAGAAACAAUUUAAAAAAAUGGAGAAUUUGGUGGAUCAUGUCAGUCGUAAACAAGAACGUUCUAAAAAUUUAAUUAAUUCAGCAACAAAAUUAAGACCAGUUUCAGCUCAGAAAAACAUCUCUAUCAUAAAAAAUAGCCAGAAUGUCACAAAUGAAAAACCCAAGGCUCUAAAGAAAAUAGAUUUGGGAUCUAACAACAACAUACAAAUAAAAAAAUCUCAAUUUAAUAACACUACAACUACAGAUCUAAAUAGAACCCAAGAUGUUUUGCCUGUUAUAAACUUACCCGACCCAAGAUUAGCUAACAAUAGUAAACUGAUAAAAUCAGGAACAAUUUCGCGCCGUCCACCACAACAACAGCCAAUUCGAAAUUAUUUAAAACCAUCACAAACAACAAAUAUUGAAAAAUCAAACACUAAAGCGGGACCAACGAAGCCCACAUUUAAUCUUUCAACAUCGUUAAUGGCGAAACCAACAUUUUCAUCGAGUUUAGCUGAAAAACCCAAAGUGGCAACAACGAAAUCCACAUUUAAUCUCUCAACAUCACUAAUGGUAAAGCCAGCAACAUCUUCAACGAGUUUCGCUGAAAAGGCUAAUACAUCCCACAUGAGUAACGAGGAUAAAAUGGCUUCACGUUUACAGCGUCACAUGGAUUUGUUUAAAGGUCGUGUUCCGUCGACGAGAGCAGGCGUAGCGUCACGUAGAAAUGAGACUAUAUUAAAAGGUGUUAGAUCAAAUCGUCGUUUUGAAUUACAAAUGCAACAUCGUAAAAAUUUGGACUAAUAAGUUUAUUUUAUGUUUUAUUUUAAUUAUUAUUUUAAGUUAUUUUUUUUUUUGUUGGCUUUAAUUUGUUCUCUUUAUUUUAUAUGUAUGCUUUUCCGAUUAAUAUAUUGGUCCAUUCAUAAAUUAAGUGUGUUUUGUAAAUUCGAUUUAUGUUUGUGAAUGUUUUGAAUAUGUUUUAAACAGCUUUAACUAUACAAUACAAUUUUAUUACAUAAAUUGUAUUUGUUUAGUACGAAAUUUUUAUUGCUUGAAAUAUAAACAUAUUUCUUUUGCAAAGUUUUAAGACAUAUUUUCGUUUAGUGUAAUAUAUUUUUUUUAUAAAUUCGUGAAUGUAAUAUUAAUUUUAUAUGUCGUCUCUUAUUUGUAUAUGUAAUAAAAACCCCUCUAAUUAAAAAUUAAAAAUAUA